AUGAGUGAUGCUACGUCUAACACGAGUACACCCGCUAGUGAUACGCCAACUUCAAUUAUAGAUUCAAAGCUCGACAAAACAGUAUCGUUUGAAGAUAAAAGGGUAGAAGGUGAUGAUGAUAAUGACAAAGGUGUUGGCGAAGACGAAGAUGAAGAGGAGGACGAGGACUACGAUCCAACAAAAAAAGAGGAUGUUGAAGCUAGCGAUGAAGAUGACGAUGAAGAUGAUGCUGAUCUAGCGGGUGGUGGUGGUAAGAUACCUGACUUUUCCAAAAUAGAAUCGAGUAUAUCACAAGUUAAAACUCGAUCGCAACGAUUACAAGCUAAACAACAGAAACAAGCUAAAUUUAUUGGCCUGUUUGAGACUGACUCACGUGGGUUGGUGAAAGAUACAUGUUCAUUAGAUAUAGAACUGAUUUUCAGUGAUUUAAAACAAAACAAAGUUGAUAUUCAUGAGGGGGAGUUAGAAACAACACCGGACAACGUUGGGGAAUCUUGUCUGAGAGCAAAAGGGUCGGACAGUGUAGGUAAAACCAACUCCACUGGUGGUGGUGUUGGUGGUGGUGGUGGUGGUGGUGAGCAACAACAACAACAACAACAACAACAAAUUCGCAUUCAAAUUAAUUAUACAUUUGCUGGUAAACUCAUUACUGAAAGCAAACUAGUUGAUGCCAAUUCAGAAGAAGCCAAAGCCUAUCUCAAUUCAACCAGUUCUAUAACUUCCUCAUCAACCAACGAGAUACCAAAUAAACGAACUGAAGUUAAAGUAAUGCGUCAAGACCCCCAAACUAAAGAAACUUAUGAAUUGCGAAUCAAAUUAAAACGACCAUCAUUAAUUGAUAAAUUUAUUGCUUUAAAUGGCAAUAAUAAAAAGAUGAAGUUGUCAACGUUGGAGAAAUCUCGAUUAGAUUGGGCUAGUUUUAUUGACAAGAGGAAAAUUGGUGAUGAGUUAAAGAGACAUAAUCGUGGCGGGUACCUUGAUAAACAAGAUUUUCUUAAUCGGGUUGAUUAUAAGAAGGAUGAGAUUUAUCAGCGUGCUAAAGAGGAAGAAAGAAAGAGACAGUUUCAACUUCAAGGGAAGUAA